AUGCGCAGCCAGUCUGAUCAUUUCGCGCCUUCUGUGGCGUUCUUUUGCCCUCAAAGCAAGGCCCCCACAGAGGCGUACCUCGAGCAGCUCCAAAAGUACAUUGUUGAAACGCCCCUACUCCUCCCAUUUGCAGAAGCCAUCACGUCGUUGACGGACACAUGGACCAUACUUUGUGACGGCCACCCGGACAUAGCCAAACUCAAAUCGGGCAAGCGACAUGUCGUCAGUCUGAAGCGAUGGAUAACCGACGGAAUAUCUGGGCCUGUUUCAAGCUCUAUGUCCGGUAUUCUAGCGUUGCCGCUGUUGGUCGUUAUCCAGAUCUGCCAGUACUUCCAGUUGCUCGAGUUGCAUGGUCUCACGCACGAGCGAAUGCUGGCAAGCCUGAAGAAAGGUGGCGGCGCUCAGGGAUAUUGUGGAGGUCUUCCUACAGCCUUUGCUGUUUCUUGCGCCAAAGACGAGGAGGAGGUGGUCCAUCUUGCAACCAAAGCUUUACGACUGGCAUUUGCCGUUGGCGCAUUUGGCGAAUUGGGUGACGACGAGUUGGUGGAGGGGGCCACGACCAUCGCAGUACGCCUGAGAACUCCUCCGCAAGGAGAUGAGCUUGUGGCAGGUAUUCCUAGAUGCUACAUUUCGGCGAUCACAGACCCAAAAACGAUAAGUAUCGUAGGCCCUGUGCUAGAGCUCGAGAAGGUGGCAGAAAGAGCUCGUAACCGGGGUUUGCUAGUCACUGAUAUCCAUAUCCGUGGCAAAGUGCACAACCCGGAGAACGCGCCUUUGGUCAAAGUGCUGUUUGACAUUUGUCAGGAGCAUGACGGCAUGAUGCUGCCUGAUGCUAGUCAGCUGCGAGUUCCUGUGCGAUCGAAUUUGGAUGGCAGCUUGCUGCAUGAUUGCUCGCUGACACACGAGGCAAUCAACACCAUCCUCGCUUCUCGAUGCGAGUGGUAUCGGCUUUUGAAGGAUGUCGCACAGGACCUAGCGGGAAGUGGUACAGACGCCCAUACAUUUGCUUUGUUCGGCAUAGGAGACCCAGUCCCCCUGAUGCCGUUCCACAACGCUCGCUUGCGGAUAUCGAAGAUGGAAGUCCAUACCACUGUUCAGGGGGCCAGGUUGGCUGAAUACAACCCGGAAGACGCCAUUGCCAUCACUGGUGUUUCAUGCCGACUCCCACGAGCAGCCGACCUCGAAGAACUAUGGCAGCUCCUCGCCGCUGGCACAUCGACUUGCGAAGAGAUCCGCCAUGACAGGGUUCCGAUGCGCGAAAGCUUUCGCGCGUUGCAAAACGACAAAUGGAAGCCGAAGUGGUUCGGCAACUUCAUUGAUGGGGUCGAUGAGUUCGACUGGGCUUUCUUCCGCUCGAAUGCCAAGGAGGCUGCCAGCAUGGACCCUCAGCAACGCAUCCUCUUGGAACUGACCUAUCAAGCUCUGGACAGCGCGGGCUACCUCCGCAAACAUGUUCGCGAGAACGGAGACAAAGUCGGCUGCUUCGUCGGCGCAAGUUUCAUCGAGUACACGGACAAUACGAGUGCCCAUCCACCAACUGCAUAUACAGCGACUGGUACCAUUCGGGCAUUCUUGUGCGGCAGGCUUAGCUAUCACUAUGGCUGGACUGGACCGGCGGAAGUCAUCGACACGGCCUGCUCCUCUUCGCUUGUCGCCAUCAAUCGUGCUUGCCAGUCCAUCUGGUCGGGCGAGUGUCCUAUGGCUGUUGCUGGAGGAGUGAACAUCAUCUCCGGAGUUCACAACUAUCUGGGUCUUGGCAAGGCCGGCUUCCUCAGCCCGACCGGUCAAUGCAAGCCUUUCGAUCAAGCGGCUGAUGGCUAUUGCCGUGGAGAUGGUGCUGGAAUGAUCGUAUUGAAGCCCUUGAAACAGGCGAUGGCAGAUGGUGAUCCAGUUUUAGGCGUCAUACCGGGGUCGUCCACCAACCAAGGCGGUUUGUCUGCAUCUUUGACAGUCACUCAACCCUCGGCACAGGUUGAGCUAUACCAGUCGAUUCUCGAACGUGCUGGAAUGAGUCCAAACCAUGUGUCCUACGUUGAAGCCCACGGGACCGGCACACAAGCAGGCGAUCCUCUUGAGGUGAGCAGCAUCAGAGACGUGUUUGGUGGAUCAGAUCGUCCAACCAAACUCUAUCUUGGUUCUAUCAAAGCCAAUACUGGCCACGCAGAGUCGGCGGCUGGGGUCGCUGGACUGCUCAAAGUCAUCGCUAUGUUAUGGAAGAAAGCAAUCCCGCCCCACGCAUUGUUCAAAUCUUUGAACCCCAAGAUUCCCUCAUUGGCCCCGGACAAGAUUGUCAUCGCAAAGAGCCUGGAACCAUGGGAAGUACCCUUCAGAGCUGCGUGGGUGAACAACUACGGCGCGGCUGGAAGUAACGCAUCGCUUGUUGUCUGCGAAGGGCCUCGGAUGAGCUCUAGCAAAGCACCCACUCAGCUGCCUGCGGGUACCCACUAUCCAAUCAUACUCUCAGCCCACACAGUUGAGAGUCUGAAGGCUUACGCAGCUGUCCUUAAAUCGUAUAUCAGCCAAGGAGAUCUGAGCCUCUCGAGCCUUGCUUACACCCUAUCUGAGCGGCGAAAGCGCCAUUCGGUGGCCUGGAUGACAACAGCUUGCGACAUUGCCGGCUUGCGCACCGAACUCUCCACGGACAUCUCGUCAUGCAGCAUACCCCAACCUUCGAAGCGUAUCGUGCUUGCAUUCUCCGGCCAAAGCAAGCAGAAUGUCGCUCUAUCGAAAGCGGUUUACGAGUCAAAUCCCAGGCUACGCUACUACCUCCAAGAGUGCGAUCGAAUCCUCGUCGCGCUUGGAACUCCAUCGAUCAUCCCGGCUAUCUUCCAGACCACCGUCAUUACCGAUCCAGUUCUGUUGCAGACAGCUACCAUGGCGGUCCAAUAUGCUAGCGCUAGGUGUUGGAUCGAUGCUGGCGUGCAGCCCGCUUGCGUCAUUGGACACAGCUUCGGAGAGUUGACAGCAAUGGCCGUAUCGGGUGUGCUCUCUCUUGAAGAGGCCCUCAAACUUGUUACUACCCGAGCCCAGCUCAUGGUGACUAAAUGGGGACCAGAGAGAGGUACUAUGCUAGCAAUAUUUGCGCCGUACUCUGUUGUCGAACGUGUCAUUGAUGCAAUCGGUGGUGAAUCCCUAGAGAUUGCUUGCUUCAAUGCCACUAACAGCCACGUCGUAGUUGGCACCAAGAUUGCGGUGACCAAUGCGGAAAGACUGCUGGUUACUGACCCCUUGUUCAAGGGUGUCAGCAGUCGGAGAGUCGAUGUAACUCAUGGCUUCCAUUCCGUCUUCACCGAGCCACUUCAGAAAGACUUCAUGGAGUUCUUGAAAUCAUUGGACUUCAGAGAAGCUUCUAUUCCCAUCGAGCCAUGCACAAAGGUGCACACUUCAUUGAUCAAUGCUGAGCAUGUUGCAUCACAUCUUCGCCAACCGGUCUACUUCAUCGACGCCAUUCAGCGGAUAGAAGAGCGCCUGGGAGGCUGCAUCUGGCUUGAAGCAGGAUUCGAUUCAUCCAUUAUCCCCAUGAUUAAGCGUGCGACAGCUGAACCGGAGAUUCAUUCAUUUCUCAACAUCAAGACGGCUGAUGUUAGUCAACCUACCAACGUUCUCUCUCAAAGUAUCAUCCACCUCUGGAAGGAAGGGAUCGAUAUCACCCCAUGGGCUUUCCUGUCUCCUUCCGAAGCUGGUUUAGAACCAGCAUGGCUACCCCCCUAUCAGUUUCAGAGAACCAAAGCUUGGCUCGAGAAUGUUGAUAGAGCUACUGAGCUUCAGCGGAGUUACGAAAGUCUUGGCUCGCAAAAGCUCGAGACCGCUUCUGUUCCGAUCCCUGUUCGCUUGCUGCAUCAUGCUGAGUCUACUAGCAGUGCGAACAAGUUUGUUGUCAAUAAUUCGGCCAGCCGCUUUCGUGAGGUCAUCAGUGGCCAUGCAGUCCGUGGUCGGCCGCUUUGUCCCGCUUCCAUGUACAUGGAGUGUGCGGCUAUGUCAGCUCAGAUUCUGGGUGCAGACCUCGGAUCUAAAUCGCUAGCAUUUGAGGACCUAUCAUUCGAAUCACCGCUAGGCGUCGACCUGGAUCGCAACGUCAAUCUGACUCUCGAAAAUAUUGACAAAAACGGAUGGAAGUUUGUUCUUUCGAGCUCUUCCGGGCAAGCAACCAGUUCCCACCGCGCAACUGUUCAUGGCAGGGGUCGGAUGGCUCUAGUAGAGAAUCCUCGAUUUUCUACAUACAAGCGGCUCAUAGCUGACCGCCUUGACUCAAUUCGAUCGAGUCCGAGCUCGGAGAAACUCAACGGCGGACGAGCCUAUAAGCUGUUCUCGAAAGUUGUGGACUACGCCGACUUCUUCCACGGGAUUCAAAGUAUCGUCAUUGACAACAACGAGGCACUAGCCGACAUCCGUAUGCCAGACAGUCAUCUUGGGGGCAAUGAAAGCGCAGUAACGAAGUAUUGCGACACUGUGUCCAUUGACGCGUUCAUUCAAGUCUCCGGCCUUCUCAUCAACAGCAGCAAAGUAUGCCCACAGGGUCAGGUUUUCGUAGCUUCCGGCCUCGAAAGUGUCACGACGUCAAAACAUUGCGACUUCGACACUCACAAGGAAUGGGACGUCUAUGCCAUUUUCACUCUCAUCGAUGAUGUGCAUGCGACCGGCGACGUUUUCGUUUUGACCAAAGACGGCGAGAUAGCCAUGACAGCUAUCGGUGCCAAAUUCCAUCGUCUCGAAAUCUCCAAGCUUGAGCGAACGCUUGACGCAGCCAAUGGAUCAAGAUUAAUCUCUAAAUCGGGUUCAUCUCUCUCUCUUCGCGAGAACUCUAGGCCCGCUAUGCUCGAGAGCCCUCCGCCAUUGACGCCCGAUGGCGCUUCCAACUCAUCAAGUGCUUCAUCGGUGGCUGGCGACGAAGCCAACGAAUCAGAUGAUCCGUUGAGGGCGAUGAUCUCCGCAUAUACUGGCGCACCAGCAGAUUUCAUUGCCUCAAACACUUGUAUCGGUGAUCUUGGUAUCGAUUCACUGGCGUCGGUCGAACUCUCGGACGAGAUUAACGACCGUUUUGGGAAGAUUGUGUCGCCUGGCGAGCUUCUAACCGUGAGCUUUGGUGCAUUGAGCCAAACCAUAUUUUCUGGCGUCACCAAAGCCGACCGAAAGCAAGUCUCACCAGUAAUCACGCCGACGGCUAGAUCUCCCUCCCCGGUCUCUAAGACAUCCAAAACCGGAUUAAUGCCUCAUUCAAGCCCGGAGGAAGGUGCCAAGGACUCUAUUGGUAGGACUCGACGCGCGAAACUGUUCGAGCUUAUAUCAGAUCUUUGUGGCGUUGCUGUCAGCCAUAUCGAAGAUCACCAACUUCUUCAGGACCUCGGCUUCGACUCUUUAUCCACCACAGAACUCGUUUCCUGCCUAUCUGAAGAGUUCAACGUCGAUAUCAAUGGUAUUGAUAGCCUCCUUGACGUUUCUGUCAAGGAUCUGAUGCACUUGGCUGGACUUUCUCCAAUGAAGCCAAGUACCACCCCACUUUCGAAGCCGUUAAACUCACCUGUGCUUGAUCCACCCAUACACCAUUCUAUCAGAACUGCCGAGAUUACGGAUCCGUUUCAAUCUCUCUUGGAGGCGGAGUCUUCCUUUGAAGAUUAUGCCCGGUCUUGCCAGUUUACAGAGUAUCUAGCAAAGGUCUCUGCUCGUCAGGAUGAGCUUCUUCUUGCUUACCUGAUUGAAGCUUUCAAGAAGCUAGGGAUUGAUUUCAAGGCCAUUGCGCCGGGCCAGAAGAUUCCCGAUUUCGGAUAUCAACCUAAACACAGUAAGGUAGUGCACAGGUACUACGAGAUUCUCCAAAGGCAUUCUGUCAUCGAGAAGAAAGACUCCGGAUAUAUCCGGUCAUUUUGUUCACCCACCCUUCCUCCCAGCUCGUUCCAGCUUCUACGCGACCUCAUCACGGACCACCCAAAUUAUCGCUGUGAGGCUGAACUCAUGGCUCUCACCGGACCGAAGAUUGCAGAAUGCUUGAUGGGUGUGGAGGACCCUGUUAAGCUGCUCUUUGGCACCAGCACGUCCCAGGAAAUCGUUGGAAGCUUCUACACUCAAGCCCCUAUGUUUGCCACUCUGACUGAGGUUCUUGUGGACUUCAUGGUUCGAUUAGUCAAGAAGGCAAACGGGCCAGUUCGUAUCCUCGAGGUCGGAGCCGGCAUGGGAGGGACUACCAAGCGGCUUGGUGAAGCACUAGGUGCUCUCGGCCAUUCCAUUGAAUAUGUAUUCACGGACAUAUCUUCAACCCUGGUCCGAAACGCUUCUAAGAAGUUCAAAUACUCGUGGAUGCAGUUCAGAACGCUUAACCUUGAAGUCGAACCGCCUACAGAUAUGGUUGGCAGGUUCGACGUCGUCAUUAGCACGAACUGUGUUCAUGCAACCGCCAACAGAACUGAAACCUGUCGUCGUAUCAAGCACAUGCUCAAUCCGCAUGGUGUCUUGGUGCUCUCAGAAAUCACUACGAUCUUCGACUGGCACGAGGCUGUUUUUGGUUUGCUGGACGGUUGGUGGUUGGCGGUCGAUGCCACACAUGCCAUUCAACCCGCAGCAGUCUGGAUGAACUUCAUGCAUCAAGCUGGGUUUGCAAGCGCCACCUACUCUCAAAGCACAAUGCCGGAUUGCAAUCUUCAGCGGCUACUUAUAGCGUCUGUGAAGCAGUAUCCGGAACCACAGCGUCACAGUGACUUGCCAACGUCUGGUAUUGACACAGUUGUUUACAAGGUCGUUGAUGGUAUUGAGAUAGAAGCCGAUGUCUACUUGCCGAACAGCCCUCCAAUUAGCUCGAUGCCUGUAGCAUUGAUGAUCCACGGAGGUGGCCACAUGACACUUUCACGCAAAGCAAUCAGACCAGCACAGACAAAGUUCUUGUUGUCGCACAACAUUCUUCCCGUCAGCAUAGACUAUCGGUUGGUUCCAGAGGUGAAUGUCAUUGACGGACCGUUUUCCGACGUACGAGAUGCAUACGUUUGGAUCCAGACAAAGCUCUCUGCUAUCGCAUCUCAAUACGGCAUCUCGAUAGACCAAACUCGCAUAGUUUCGAUUGGGUAUUCAACGGGUGCCCAUCUCGCCAUGAGCCUUGCUUGGACUACCAAAGCGCUCGACAUCCCGUCACCAGCCGCCAUAUUGGGCUUUUAUGGCCCAACCGACUUUGAAACUGGGGCUCUGGAAAGGCAUCAGGAAGAGCAGUCUUACGGAGAGUUCCCUGCCCGCAGAAUGCGACUUGAGAAAAUCAUGCAGGCUCUGCCGCGGGCACCCGUGACGAACUAUGGCACCAUGAUGGAUGGUAGUCGAUUGGGUUGGAUCAAGCCCGGCGACCCACGCUCUGAGCUCAUCUUCGCGGUUCUCAAGGAGGGCAUCGGGCUAAACGUUCUGCUCUACGGCCUUUCUCCUAAGGCUCUGGCCCAAAAGCCUGACCCAGAGCUUGUCAGAGCGAUUAGCCCAAUGGCGCAUGUGCGAGACGGCUCCUACAAUGUCCCCACAUUUGUCAUUCAUGGGCUACACGAUGAGAUUGUUCCGUUCAAGACAGCCGAAUCGUUCGUAAAGGAGCUGGACAAUUCUGGAGUUGAAUGUGGCUUCUUACCGGUUCCUGGAGUGAAACACAUCCAUGAUCUGCAUCUCAAGCCGGGAAGCAGAGAGUGGAAAAGCCAAGUAGAACCAGGAUAUCUGUUCCUGUUCAAGCAUCUAAAGAUGUCCUUUUAG